GAAGAUACCUAGAAAAACAUAGAUAGAACCGCCAAGACUGAUCGUGUACUCAAAUUUACUAAUUCCCGCGCUUUUCAGGGAACAUAAUUAACAGAGAGUGCGUUGAAAAGACUUUGAAUUACCAGUACGAACAAGAUGAACUGGUUUUCUUUGGCGGGCUGGGCGUGGUAUAGCUACGGGGUGAUGGCAGGAACACUGGCCGACGAUCCCAAGCAACCAAGCGCCGACGUAUCAGCCUGCAAGCUAGCAGCUGAUCAAAACGUCUACCUGAGCGCGGGAUUCGGGUAUGAAUUGAACUGCGCGCCGAGCGUCGGCACUCUAAGCGCGUUCAUGAUGUUUGUCGAUUUUCCCGAUCAAGGUGCUACCGAGAGCUCUCCCGAGGUUCUGCGGAAUUUCUUCCUCCCCAACGCGGCGGACUGGUACUAUCGGUCGUCAUACGGCGCGCUCAAAUUAUCAGUGACGGCCGACACGUCACGCUUCUACCGCAUGCCCGCCACGGCGGCUAGUUACAAUUGGCAGCGCGGGCUCACAGCCGAGCAGCACGCGGUCUAUAUCCAUGAUGCGCUGAAGGCUUACAAUGCCCCUAUACCCUCUGUAGACGUGCUGUACAUCGUUCCUACUGCCAACGCGACUAAGAUUUCCUACAGCCCGACUUAUAUGGGUGACGUGAGGACGCGCGAUGGGACCUAUGUCGCGAGGAAGUCUGUGACCUUCGGCUAUGAUGGCUAUAAAACUUGGGGGUAUCUCGUACUCAACCAUGAGACGGGACAUACUAUGUGUCUGCCUGAUUAUUACCCAUUUAACGGGAGUGCGACGGGCUUGUUCAUCGGCGGCUGGGAUUUGAUGGGGCUCAUCAGCGGGCCGAGCCCGGAUUAUUUCGCAUGGGACAAGUGGCGACUUGGCUGGCUGGCCGACGAUCAGAUCGAUUGCGUGAGCGUCGCUGGAACAACCUCGCACACACUCUCCUCGCUUGAGGUCGCCGGUGGGAAGAAAGCUGUCGUGGUAAAGUACAAUAAGACCAACGCGCUUGUUGCCGAAGUGCGGUCUUCGGAAGGCCUUGAUUCAGCGUCGUGCGCCACGGGGGUUCUUCUGUACACUGUUUCCACUAAGACUAAUACUGGCGAGGGCCCCAUUGUGGUGUUGGACACUACGCCUGGGUCUGGCGGAUGUGCGGGCGAUAGAUUGAAUGAUGCUACACUAAGACUUGAUGGUGUUAGGUCGUACAUAGUAAACCGCUGGGGCAUCAAAGUCACAGUAGUGGCCCGGGACAAUGAAGACUAUACGAUCGAGGUGACUCGUCGGUGAGCGACGGUUCAUCUUAUUGCGGUCUAUGUCCUUGGUACAUCAAAACGCAAGAAAUAUUGAUACCGUAAUGACAGACUGCCAUAAAUCGCGAGCGGCCUGGACUCGUGUUGAUAUAUAGCUUCAAACUGUCGCUGUCAUCUCGCUUAUGUGCCUAGGCUGGAUAGACGAGUCUGCUCUCCAUGAAGAAUAUAAGGAAUGCUAGGUAAAUGAUUAUAUGACCAUCAAACUAUGUGCAUCUCGUAAUUAAUAGAGUAAUGGCUUAGUCCGUG